GCGGCGGUGGUGGAGGGGGAGCGGCUUGAGAGACCCGGUCCGUGGAGAAGCAGAGCCCGCCUGUUCCCUGCGGACCUCAGACGUCGCCGUCCCUAUAGUUGGCACCUUCCUCUAACCUUGAACAAUGUCGGACGAAGAGGACGUAUACUCUGAUUCUGAGGAGGAGACGGCGCCAGAGCCUCCUCCAAAGAAAGAUGCUAGACCCUCCAUUUCUCAGAAGGGUGAGGGAGGCGAUCCAGAGUUUGUAAAGCGCCAAGAAGCCAAGACCUCCGCCCUUGACGAACAGCUGAAGGAAUACAUCGCAGAAUGGCGCAAACAGAGAGCAAAGGAGGAGGACGAACUCAAGAAGCUCAAGGAGAAACAAGCCAAGCGAAAGGUUAUGCGUGCAGAUGAAGAAAAACGCAUGGCAGAAAGGAAGAAGCAAGAGGAGGAGAGGAGACAACGGGAAGUUGAAGAGAAGAAGCAGAGAGAUAUUGAGGAGAAGAGACGGCGUCUGGAAGAGGCAGAAAAGAAGAGACAAGCGAUGAUGUCGGCUCUCAAGUGUCAGGUGGACCAAAGCAAGGGAAAAGGACCCAACUUCAUCGUUAGCAAGAAGACUGAUAUGAACCUGUCAUCAGCACAAAUCGAGAGGAACAAGACAAAGGAGCAGUUGGAGGAAGAGAAGAAGAUCUCCUUGAGCAUCAGGAUCAAGCCCUUGGCCAUCGACAACCUGAGCAUUGACAAACUGAGGGCGAAGGCCCAGGAGCUCUGGGACCAAAUCGUCAAGCUGGAGACAGAGAAGUACGACUUGGAAGAGAGGCAGAAACGUCAAGACUACGACUUGAAGGAGCUGAAGGAGAGACAAAAGCAGCAGCUCAGGCAUAAAGCCCUCAAAAAGGGUCUUGACCCCGAAGCCCUGACUGGAAAGUACCCGCCCAAGAUCCAGGUCGCCUCCAAAUACGAGCGACGAGUGGACACCAGGUCGUAUGACGAUAAGAAGAAACUCUUCGAGGGUGGACUGUUGGAGCAGACUAAGGAACAGGUCGAGAAACUGUGGACGGAGAAGAGUUCCCAGUUCGGAGGGCGUCCUAAGACCAAGUUGCCCAAGUGGUUCGGUGAACGCCCAGGCAAGAAGGCCGGAGACCCAGAGAGCCCUGAGGAAGAGGAAGGUGGCAAGGCCGAUAAGGAGGAGGAUGUAGCACCAGAACCCGAGGAGGAGGAAGAGGAGGAGGUAGAAGAGGAGGUUGAGGAAGAAGAAGAGGAAGAGGAGGAGGAAGAAGAGGAGGAGGAAUAAACAUUCUCUCGAGAGAACUCAAGAAGUUGGUCGCCACGGAAUUAUAGGGUCGCCCAACUGUCAUCUUAACUAACAUCGGCCGUCCAACGCUAACAAUAUCGACAAACACGGGCGACCCUCCUACUUUAAUUGGUUGUCAUCAGCGAAUGUGACUCGCACAAGAGCCAAACAUCUCCAAUCUUCUGACAGCUCUGUACCAUUCUUUCAUUAAAUAUCGUUCACCAAAAUUUACUGCGCCUUCCUUGCUCCUUACAUUUGACUGAAAUCACUUCGGCACGACUGGAUGUUUAUUUUGUUUUCAGCAUGUAAGAAGGCUUUGUUUUAAUUUUAGAUCGUAACUUAAAUUGUGUAACUCACAGAGAGAUUUCCUUGUAUAAAAUAAAGUUAUUUGUUAUUAUAA